UUUGUAACAUUAUGAUUAAGAUGGGUUAUGCAAAUGCAAAAAUCUACAAACACAAGAACGAGGCAUACCCCCACCCAGGCUGCUAUCAAUCAUACCACUCAGACAAGGAAGAUAAUCCUCCUUGCAAAUGGCCAGCCAGUCUGGUCGACAAGGACCAGCCAGAGAACAGGCUUGUGACUAAUAUCAAGAAAGCAACAGUCAGCUCUGAAAAUGUAUUGUCUACACUCGGGAUUACCAUAGCUCAAUAUCUUUCUGGAGUGGUCUACGGGUGUAACCUAUCUUGUUUGAUGAAGUCCAAACUUCCAAGGCUCUCAUCAUUUGUACAUAAAGUAUUACAAGAGAAUCACCCUGUGACAAUCAAAGAGGUUCAUGGCCAGGCUGGAUGGUUGGAGACUUGUGCCAGGACUGUUGCCACAGAGGGUCAAUGCGUUUAUUCUGGCCAAAUUGCAUUUCCACUGGAGACCAGAAUGUUUGAAGACAAGGAAUACAUCUUGUUGAAAGGCAUUGAUGACCCCAAUGAGCGAUGUCAUGGGUCUUCAGGACCAAAUCAAAUCAUUCUAGCAGAUGGAAUGAAUGACCACGAUGCACUGGAGUCCCUUUGCCAGCGAUUCAACUCACAACACUAUAAUUUAAGAAAAUUCUACUACGAGUGUUCAAAUCUCAAAUAUUUGACUCACUUGAUCAAUGUUCCUACAUUGGGUCAGGAACCUCCGAACCUGUUGGAUAACAGAGGUGCUCCCAGCCUCCCUGUGAGACCCAAAACUACUGCAGCUUUGCCAGCUCCUCCCCUAGUUGCACCUUCACCUGCACCUGAUGCAGUUGUUAUCAAUGAGCAAGCCUGUAUGCUCAAACAAUAUGAAGACCAGCAGACUGCUUUAUGUGCACAACGUGAAGCUGAGGAGCAUCAGAGGCUAGACCUUGAGGCACAGCAGCAGUGCAAAGCAGGAGUGCCUUGCACAGGAGCAGCUUAUGCAGACAGUGCAAUAGCCAAGCUGCUCAGCAGGUCAGUAAUCAUCAUGAGGGGGCAGUUUGAGUGCGACCAGCUACUUCUGGAACAAUAUGAUCAACAGGUGAAAGCACUGGAGGUCAAGCUCAGCGGAGUAAUGUCCAAUAUUCAUGCACAAAUGGCAUCGAAGGACGAAUUGAUCAAGUAA